CGCGCUCGAGCAAAGGCGUAAGAUUUCAAUGAGAACUGCGAUAGAGGGAGCAGUGCGCAAGCGUUUCCAUGUGAAGACGACAGACAGCAAAUGCAGUCGGCAGUGCAGGCAGUGUGGCUGGCGAGUGUGGCCGUGUCGGGCCUUUAUUUUCCUGAUUUUUCUUCAACUGUCAGACGUUCUUCCUCGGUAUUAAAAAACCGGUAUACCUGGCGGACUUUUUGGGACAAGGACUGACCUAUCCUGUGCUCUCCUACAGGAGCACUGCCUCUUCUCUCCGGAUACGUAGCUUCCCCUGGAAGAAAAGAACGUAACUCGCAAAGGUGCUUUUCGCGUCGUUCCACGGUGCUCGCGUGUGCCACCAGUUGCGUAUUGCGUAACCGUGUUUGUAAAGGACAGCCACAUCUUCAGGUGCAUCACCCGAGUUUCUCCUCAUCGUAUUCCUGGAUCCGUUCUGGUGUAGUUCGAGGAAUAGCGUCAAAUUUUCUAGCACUGGGAAUCGUCAACUUUUUUUCACGCGUCACGAAUAUAUCUCGCUGAUUUUGAAAUUGAAUCGCUAAGACUCACCAGCUUCGCACUUCUCAAAGCUCAUCCCUUAUUUUCCUUUUCCUUCUUGCUUCCCUCUGGCUGUUACGGUCUGCUCCCAUAAAUCCCGUUUCUUGUACCAUGACAAAUUCCUUGGAAAACUUUUUAUUCCCCUUUUCUCGGUCAGUCUAACGCGUGGUUGUAAGACGCCACCUGUUUUUUGGGAUAAGGAACAUGUGGACUUAUCGCACGAAUGGAAUUUAUUUGAAAAUAAUUUUUUUUUACGAAAAAGCCUAAGUCGACUCCUUAAGAAGAGACGGAACUGAAAUCUUGUCGAGGAAGGUUAUGUAAAAAUACAGCAGAUUCUAAUUGUAGGAACGCUCACGGUUACCUUGACACUGAACCGCCCACGUGGCUCUGAAAAAGAGCCAACUGUGUCUUCAGCGUGAAAACAAAGAGCGAAGAGCGUACGAACUAUUUCUGUGCGCUUCAAGACUCCCUGGUUAUUGUGUCUGGCGAGUCGAAAAAGCGAGUACGGUCGACGACUAGAGUAAAAAAGAAGAGACGAGAGCGGAUAAAAAGAGGACGAAAGCAUGAAGGAAGAGGGAGAAAAAAAUAUAACAGACAGACGACUAAGAAAGUAUUGUACCAGAAGGAAGAAGGAUUAGGAGGCUCCUACGUGUUCUUGUAGACGUUCCCUAAGGCAAUGGGGAUACCACCUCAGUCUCGAUAACGGGAUAACCACGAAUCAUAGACCUCGUAAAUCAACGAUAACGACCGUAAUCCGAUAACAAAGCGACGGUAAUCAAAGUAGGUCUAGCAGACGAUUCAGGAGAAGAGGCUGAGGUCGAGAGUCGGCAGAGUGGAAUGAUAAGGAUCCUACAAUAGAUAAAUAUCUUCUGGAAUAAUCAUACCUGUCUUCCGUCCAGAUCCAGAUCUUCGCACUGUUCAACUGCAGCAGGAUUCGGACGUUGGUUUUAGGCCCGGGACGUCGAGGGCGACUGAAAGUCCCUAGGAUCUGGGGGAUUGUCAAUAGGGACGGGAUCGAUCAAGAAAAUGGCGGCAGGAACGUGUCCCUGGAUCUGAAGGAUUUCUCAAGAAAAACGUGAGAAUGGUCCUGGUGGUGAACGGGGUCCUGCAGGAAGAUGCCCCGGCUGAUAGCAGAUCGCUAUAUGCUGCUCACCCGAUAUAUCGUGAAAGUGCAGCGCAGCUGCACUCGAUGCCUGCAAAAUUGGUGGGACCAGUGGGUCUUCUCUAUGUUCAACAAAGAGAAAUGGCAGCAACCCUUCCUCAAGACAAGAACGUGAGCAUCCUGGGCUCGGACGACGUGACCACGUGCAUAAUCGUCGUCGUGAGGCAUUCGGGUUCGGGUGCGGUAGCAUUGGCACACCUGGAUGGCGCCGGGACGGAGGAUGCAGCGACGGCGAUGGUUCAGAGGGUCACGGAACUUGCCUUGGGUUUCCCGGAGGGACGUCUCGAAUUGCAGCUCGUAGGAGGUUAUUCCGAUCCUAGGAACUACUCCGAGGAAUUAUUUUAUAAUAUUCUGUCUGCCUUUCACAAGCAACCUGUAGAAAUUGAUCUGACGCUCUGCUGUAUCGGUGAAUUGAACACAACAGUAAGGGGCGGCAUACAUUGGCCAGUGAUAUAUGGUAUUGGCUUGAAUGUCAAAACUGGUGAAAUAUUCCCAGCGACAUUUCCUGACAAGGGUCCGGAUCAGGCAUUGAGAUGUGCCAGGCAUCUUACAGGAGGCCAACAGGUCUUGGACGUUUAUGACUGUACCCUGGGUCUCCUUAGAAUUGGACCCUUCAACUAUGACCCUCUACGGGGUGUGGACCUGUGGUUAGCACAGUCAGAUCAGUUUAUCCUUCAACAUUUGUCCACCUCACCGGAUGUAGAAUUGCCCCAUUUUGUCUCUCAGAUACGGGCAACUCUCAAGUACAUCCAAGACAAUCAGUUUCCUGCAGUCACCGUGUUCCGGGAUAACAGGCCGCAUUAUUAUCGUCGGGACGAAGGCACUGGCGUCUGGCAACCCAUAAGAUAUUAAAGCGACGAAUACGAGGAGAGUAAAAGAAAGGGAAAGAAAGCUACGAACAAAAAAAGCUAAUAAACUGAGAAAAAGUCCUUCUGAACUUUGCGAUACGUAUGGCGUGCAAUACAUUCCGCAUGUCUCGGAGUAACGUUAGAAUUUCACACGUCUUGCCAGUUGUCAUAUAGAUUCUUGUAUGUGUGCGUCGUAUUUCGAAGGAAUUUUCCUUUUGUAAAAAAUAACGACAUAAGAGCAGAAACGAGCUGAAUUGAAUUCUUGUCUACAUACAGAAGAACAUUGCUUUCUUGACAGAUAUAAUAUCCAGUUGCGAAAUGACAGAAAGAAAAAGAAAAAACUUUUCAUGAAAUAUUGGCUCGUUUCUAAAAAUGCUGAAUACGUUAAGCUCUGUUUAGUAGCGCCGGAUAUUAUAUACAUAAAAGAGAUAAAACGGCUAGUGCGAGACGCCAUUCUCAUAUACGUAGAAUUAGUGGAAGUUACUCCGUCGAUGAAUUAUCUUGUCAGAUUUUUUUAGCCGUGAAUGCGAAAGAAUGCGAGAGAGGAAGAAUGAAAGAGAGUGAUCGAGCGAGAGAGAGAGAGAGAGAGAGGUAUAGAGUGAGAUAAAAAUAAAAAGAGGAUGUUGAUUCGUUUAGGUUAUCGUUACGAGUAUAUAAAGAUAUAUAAAUAUAUUUCUUCUUAGUUGUGGAUAAGGAGGAAAUUCGCACAACGAAUAUUCCAUACUUGCCAUAAUUGCAAAUGGAGAGAAAAUAAAUACGACGUUAAGGAACGGUUAUCAAAUGACAGGAAGAGUGUUUUUACCGUGUUAGACACACCGAAAAAAAAAAUGAAUAGAAUUUUCGAGGGCAUGAAUGGAGGAUUUAAAAUUGAUGUAAAUAUUUCUUAAUGUGGCUGUCCAAGAAUUUUCUCUCUAGAAUUUCUUACGGAUGGCGAUAUAUAUUCGAGUGAAAGGUGCUAAUUUCCUGCUGUCCUGACAGUACUGUCGAUUCUCUCAAGAGGAUGAUUAACCCGCUGUUACUCUUUUUUUGCUUCUGCAAUGUUAUUCCACCGUUUUCUUGUAUUCGUUGUACGUACGUAGCUACCUUGAACCUAGUAGCACCUUUGCGUCUCUUUAUUUCUGUGUCCUCGUCGCGGUGCCGUAAGAAUGUCUAUACGACGAGUAGGACUGAGAAGAUAAUUGAAAUUUUACCUCGAGGAAAACUUUUGCCAUACUUCCUACGUACGUAUAUAUACAUGGAAAUAAAUGUAGAACAAACGGAAAUGAAAGCUUCUUAUGCAGCACGUUAGCUGCGAGUCCAACGAGACUCCAGGAAAUAUAAUAAGAUACUCCUUAAGGUUGGACGUUCAUCCAUCCGGCAAUAGAAUCGUAAAGUUUCGUGCAAUCCAUUGAAUAUUUAUGCGUUAGAAAAUAUUUCUUUACUGGAUAUAUAUAUACUUGAAUCGAUUCUCUGGGAUAAAGUCUGGUGCGUUAUUAAAAAGUUAAAAAAAAAAAAGAAAGUUCGCUGUACUAUCUGUAAUGUCCCUGAGAUGCUCUCUAGAUGUCUUUAGCGGGAUACUGUUUUGUGUCCUAACGUGGCUGUGUCAAUUCCUUUUUAAUUAUUUUUUUCUUUAAUAAAUUGUACCGGGCACGAGCGAGGACUCAAUGAGGAACUGAUGUUUAUCUGGGCAAUGUUGAACUAUAAGAAAAGGAACUAAACAAUGGAGAGAAUAGAAUUAAUGUGUUUACCUGUACUCCAGAAUAUUUAACUGUUACGAGUGGCUUGCAGAGGGUGCGCACUAAACUUGUUUAUGGAAUUGCGAACGCGAAUUAAAACUCUUUACAUACUUUCAGGACUCUAGUGAUAGAGGAGCUAUUUUAUGUAAUAUUAUUAACGAUAGCGAUUACGAUAACGUUAAUUAUGGAUAAUAACGAGUAAUAUUAAUAACGAUUAUUUCUAUGAAUCGAAGAGAUAUAUUUUUACUAUAUUUGUAAAGAAAAGUGUCACGUCGACGAAAAUCCCCCUUUAUCUUUUACUGUGUUAUAAUCGUUACGGGAAUAUUUAACAAUGUGUCAAAAUAGAGUACAAACCGAAAUUCAUUGCCAGAAUUGCGUAACAAUAUUGUAUCUCGCUCUAUCGCAUGCAGGCUAAACAGGGACACGACGAUACUCGUAUUACUGCUAGUGAAUUUCAGAAGGUAUCUAUUAACGAAACUAAUAAGACCUCCUUUCCGUCUCAAUUUUUUUAUUUCUCGACGUCCUCAGUAAAAACAAUAAAAAAGAGGCUAAAGUUACGCUUGACUCUUGUCAGAUAUGCCCGUGAAAUUGAUUUGGUUAAUUUUUUCAAAUUCUCUGUCCUCUCACCUAGCAUCCCCCGUUCCUGUAUCCGAUCGAGCCUCUCGACCCCUUCUCACCCUCUUUCGCUAGUUACGCAAAGGCGAAUUUUAUUUUAUAAUAUUAUUUGGUGAUAUAUUUAUAUAAUAAAUGAACGAUAGAUCAAACGCA